AUGGUAGUGGAGUCGGCUGAUCAGUUCAUCCAUGCGAGGAUCUCAUCAGACUCAGAGGUGAUUAAUGUUAUUGUGGUCUAUGCAGCCCCAUCAGCGAGUCGAAGGAGUGGCUUAUGGGCGAAGCUGAGUGGGAUUAUUAGUAGUUUAGAGGAACCAGUUUUGAUAGGAGGUGAUUUUAACACAAUUGUUAGGGUGGAUGAGAAAUCAGGGGGAAAUGGGAGACUGUCGUCGGACUCAUUGGAGUUUGGUAAUUGGAUCAAUAGUUUAUCCUUGAUUGAUUUGGGGUUUUGUGGGAAUCAAUUCACAUGGAAGAGAGGGAGGACAGAAGUGGUAACCCGCGAUCCGAGACGUAGGCCUUUCAGAUUUGAAGCAGCAUGGUUGAAGCAUCCUAGCUUUAAGGAACUGUUAGGGGCAUCAUGGGAUGAUCGCCAUAAGACAACGGAGGCGUUGGCUGCGCUGCAGAAUACACUUAAAAGGUGGAAUCGAGAUGUGUUUGGAGACAUUCAGAAGACAAAGGAAACUCUGAUUGGUGAGAUUAAGACAUUUCAGGACACCUUAGACUUAUAUCAUACGGAUGAGCUAAUACAGAAAGAAGAAGAUUUGUUAAAAUCAUUUGAUAUAGUCUUGGAGUAG